GUCGCUGAUUCCGCAGUGGUGCUGUCGUGAGUCGGUAUACUACGCUGCGUGUCCACAGUCUGUGCCCUCCUCCUCUAUCCUCACGCCCCGCCUUUUCAUCGGGAGGGUUUCUUCUUCCCUAUUCAUCCAUCAUUUUAAUUCCCUUCUCAAUUUUACCUGUUUUCUCCCUCUACAUGAUCUUAGCGGCUCAGUUAGGCACGAUGGGGAUUUAAAACAGGUUGAAAACUCUCUGAGUGUUUGUCUCUCCAUCCACCCGUUGCAGUAAAGCUUCAGGGGAUCAUGCAACAUCUGAAGCCAUGGCGAGCUCUGCUCCUUCUGGCGAUGCUCUACCAACCGGCUGUCCCUGAGAAAUACGGUUGCCUGUUUGAGAAAAAACUGUGCAUGAGGGAUCAGUUUUGCUCUUAUGAUGGGUUGUUUGGUCAGUGUCGAAGCUCCAAGGAGGACCAGGUCCAGUACCAAGUUACAGUUCCUGUGCUGAAGAGGAUGCAAGAAGUCCUCAAACAGCUCAUGUUGCAAGGUCUGUCAUGGCAAGAUGACAUCACCCAGUAUAUUUUAUCAAAAGAGCUGAAGAGAGUUCCCCGUACCACCAUUCCCUCAAAGCCAAACUCCUCCUCACCCUCUUCUCAUUUGUCUCACUCAAAACAGCACAACUCUCACCACCCCAACUCUAAAUCAGGGUCCACAUCUUCUGGUGGUAAAUAUGUUGACUAUAUGUAUGUUGAGCCUCCUCAGUCUCCGCUGCGCAUGCAGACAGCAUCCUUGGACCCAUAUGCAUACCACCAGCACAGAUACCAAGAUGAAGCGGAGAGAUCUCUUCUGAGUGCAGGAGGGGGCUAUGCUCGCCCAUCUUCUAGGUCCCAGGCCAACCAAAGAGAACGAGAGAGGAAUAGACAGCUGCUGCAGGAAGCUCUGUCUCUAUACCUGGCAUCUACAGAGCCGUCUUAUCGGCACAGAGGGUCUGCUCCCAUAGCUCCUGCAGGUCUGCCUUACUAUGAGGAUAUUGAAAUCCCAGUGGACUACGUGGAAGACUACACUCUAGAGGAGAGGCUUGGUACUGCAGGCAGACAACAAAACCAGCAGAAUAAGAAAGCUCCACAGGAGUCUGCACCACUGGCUGGUAGCAAUGAUGGCUUGCUCGAGAGGAUGUCAGGUGUCUUGCAGAGGUACAACAUUGAUCCCAGAGAACUCAGUCAGGAGCAGCUCUACAAACUUGCUCUCAUACUCCAGCUGCUGCAAGGACAGGAAAAAUCAGAUUCAAAUGAGAAAAAUCUUGUUACUCUUAAGGAGAUGCAGUUGAUGCAAAGUGUGUCCAAACCAGAGACGGCUGCUCCUGUUCCUGUUCCACUUGACGCUCCUGCCGCUUCAUCCACUAUACUCCCUGAUAAAACUCUACCUAAGAGUACUAGCCUCCCCACAUCUGCCUCAAGACCUCCACAGGCUGCUCCUGCUGAAGUUGAAAAAGGCUUUAAAGAGCCUCUAGUGGAGGGUACUGGAGGCAAAGAGGAGUAUGGUUACAUUGUCACCAACCAGAGUCCCCUGAGUCUGUAUGAUGGAGUGAAGCUGUUGCAGCUUCUGGCUGAAAAAAUACACUUGACAACCAGCAGCUUCAUCAACAUCAGCGUGGUGGGUCAGGCGUUGACUUUCCGCAUCCGCCAGAAUGAACACAACAUGACGGCUGCAGAGGUUGCUGACAAAGCCGAAUCUGAGAAGAACUUUCUGGAGUCUGAGACUGGCUUGAAAAUUGUCCAGACUGGUGUAGGAGAGAGAACAGAUGCACGGGGUCUUCCUCAGGUCAUUAGGGUUCCCCCAGGAUCCAGCGGUACAAUUAUCACCCUUAUCUCCAUGGCAGUGGUUGGAGGUGUACUUGUACUGGCCAUGGGCAUAGCAUGUUUCAGGCACUAUAGCCUCCAAGUGGCCAAUGGAAAACUUGGCCUACAGCCAGAAGGAGGAGCAGACACACACUUUGACUACCAGGAGCUGUGUCGGCAGCACAUGGCAUCCAAAUCCUCCCUCUGCCGCCAAGACUGUGUUGGAGGGGUGAGUAGUGGCAUGACAGGACCUGCCACAGGAACCGGAGCUGGCGGACGGAGGGGCACGGACACAUCGCGUGUCAGCAGCGUGUCCUCCCAGUUCAGCGAUGGCCCACAGCACAGCCCAUCCUCCACUCACAGCUCUACCCCAUCCUGGAGUGAAGAGCCAGCCCAGUCCAAUAUGGACAUCUCCACGGGUCACAUGAUACUAGCAUACAUGGAGGAUCACCUGCGUAACAAGGACCGACUGCAGAAGGAGUGGGAGGCUCUGUGCUCUUAUCUGGCUGAGCCCUGCUCUGUAGCUGUGGCUCAGGAGCCUGCCAACAUCGACAGAAAUCGUCACGUUGAAGCCCUCCCCUACGAUCACUCCCGUGUGAAGCUGAAGCACGAAGUAAACCCCAAUAAACAAGAUUACAUCAACGCCAGUUUUAUUUUUGAUCAUGACCCUCGCCAACCAGCCUAUAUUGCCACGCAGGGACCUCUGCCCCAUACUGUUGCUGAUUUCUGGCAGAUGGUGUGGGAGAAUGGCUGCACAGUGAUCGUGAUGAUGACGGCUCUGGUGGAAGAUGGGGAGAAGCAGUCCGAGCGAUACUGGCCUGAUGAAGGUUCUUCACUCUACCACAUCUAUGAGGUGAAUCUGGUAUCAGAACAUAUCUGGUGUAAAGACUUCCUGGUGCGCAGCUUCUACUUGAAGAAUGUGCAGACGCAGGAGACAAGAACAUUGACGCAGUUUCACUUGCUGAGCUGGCCGGGUGACGGUAUUCCCACCUCCACGAGACCAUUGCUCGACUUUCGCAGGAAGGUGAAUAAAUGCUACCGAGGUCGAUCUUGCCCCAUUAUUGUUCACUGCAGUGAUGGGACAAGCAGGGCUGGCACGUACAUCCUCAUUGACAUGGUGCUGAACCGCAUGGCCAAGGGAGUGAAGGAGAUCGACAUCGCAGCCACACUGGAGCACAUCAGAGACCAGAGGCCUGGACUGGUUCGCACCAAGGACCAGUUUGAAUUUGCGCUGACAGCAGUUGCUGAGGAGGUGAACGCCAUUUUAAAAGCUCUGCCGCAGUGAGACGCAGCAGCUAAGGAACAUGACCACAACACACGCAGGCACACCAAAAUACAUGCUCCAAAGGAGAUUUUCGUCAGAUCUGUUUCCUCUAGGGUUCAUCAUGCUGAGACAUCUGCUCAGCCAUGCAAAAAUAUUAAUGUCGUUACAACUGCGUUUCCUCAUUUAGUUUGUUGUUUUUUUUAAGCUUUUUGGGGACUAAUGACAUGAAAAAUGGGUGGUGAUUGGUUCCUGGCAGGAUACAGAUAGGACCAUAUUUAUUCACAACUACAGUGCAAAUGUAAUAUCUUUGCUCUCCAAAAAGUCCUCCUAAUUACAAAAGGAUGCUGUCAUCAGAUGUAAAAUUAAAAUAUUUGUGCCUGUUUGAAUGCAGAUUUAAGUUUUACACAGUUUCUCCCAAUGGUGAAGGAUAUGUAUGUGGCCAAACAGUCAAAGAGGAGAUAAUAUGCCUCCAUAUGUCUAUUAUGCCAAAAAACUUAUCAAAUUUAACAAACUUGACUUUUAUGCUGCAUUGAUAGGUUGACCAACAUUAAAGCCAAAUGUCUAUUACAUCCACCAGGCAAAGUAAGAUUACUGUUGAUUUUAAAUCUUUGGAUGUUGUGUUUUGUGUCACAAAAACUAUAAAAUGUCAAUUGUGUCAAUUUCUGGACAAUUUUGUACUUGACUUCUGAGGCUUUGUCUAUGACUUGCAGAUGUAAGUGUUCGCUUCCAGCUCUGCUUCUUUGAGUAAUGGAUGCCAUCUACUGACAUCACCAAAUCUUUCUAAUUCUGCAAAUCUUGCUUUGUUUGUGUUCUUUUACCAUUUUUGUCAAUGUGCGCCCCUGUGAUUAAUGUAAAUAAUCCAUGCUGAUGAUUGUUUAUGUCAUGUAGCAGACAAAUAGAAAAUAUCUAUAAAAAUGUAUUUUUGACUUGACCUAAAUAAAUUUGUGAUGUGAUGCAGCAGAAAAAAAUAA